AACUUACAGUCAUGGCCUCUCUGAACCUUUUCUCCUUCUUUGCUCUGUUAUUCCUCUGCCAUGGAGCUCUGCAUCUCCAAGCUUCACACCACCAUGUUUACAGCAGGCUCCAAGAUGCUGUUGCUUCUUCUUCUUCUUCUUCCAAAGGCCAGCCUUACAGAACAGGAUACCAUUUCCAGCCUCCCAAGAACUGGAUCAACGGUACUGCUUCUUCUUAUUUUAUUUUUUCCCCUUUGAUAUUAAAUUGAUGAUUUCAAUUUUCAAGGGAUCUUUUUUCCUAUAUGAUUCUUGACACAUUUUUGCUUUCUCUCUGGCUGCUUGACAUGGUGUGCUGCUGCUCUCUCCCGUGCUUGGCUUGGUUUUCGCUUACAGAUCCCAAUGGUGAGUCGUCGGUCUCGUGUUAUCGAUUUAGCCUAACUACAUAGACAUAUUUGUCCCGAUUCAUAUAUCGAGUUCGGUCAAUGAUAUGAAAAAUACUCAUAUUUGGUCAUGAUUAGAGAGACAACUGUUAUCACAUUCACAUCCAUCUCAUUCCAAUCAAAGAAAAGAGCAGUGUCAUGUUCUUAUGGAUAUUAGAUUGAUUUAACUCUGUUCUGAUUCACUCACUUUGAGUUUUUUUUUUUUACGAUCCGUUGUUAAAAGCCAAGGCAACUAAGUAAUUAACUUAGGUUGUUUGUUUGGAAGUUGUGAUUCUUUAAAUUGAUGUAUUGGGACAAUUAGUGUAUUAUCAUUUGAUGGAUUGAAUCAAUUGAUGUAUUAGGUAAAUAUUUUGUUUGGAGGUUUAGAUUGUGUUUUUGUUCCAAACGUAAAAAAGUUAGUAUUAAGUGAUUGUGAAAAAUCACAACAAAAAGUUGAAAUUGUAAAUCCCUCAAUAUUGAGUGAUUGUGGUGGGACCUUUAAAAAGUAAAUGCAUGUAUUCUAGUUCUAUAUAAACUAAAAAAACGACUUAAUCUCACAAAUACAUAAAUUAGAUCAAUACACCAUUUGAAAUCACAACUUUCAAACGACCCCUUAAAAAAGAGUAUGGUUGUUGGUUUCCCCUUUGCAAGUCUAAAUUGGCAGGCCUUCGAUUCCUUCUUUGGUUUAUAUAAGACCAAGAAACAUAUUGGAACUCUUGGUUUAUCCUCCCGUUAUUUCAAAUCAUUACCCAACCGCCCAAAUAAAGACAAAGUCAGAUAUUGACAGCUUGUUUAUUUUAGAACCUCCAGUCUAGUGACAACUUGUCGUAUAAUAGUUUCCCAAAUAAAAAAGUACGACUAGGAUUGUGUAAUGAACUGGAGUUCGUUUGAAAGUUGUUAUUGUUAGAGUUGUGUUUGUUAAAUACAUGUAUUAUGCACAAUACAAAUGUUUGAAAGUGUCAAAUUGAAAAACAAUGCAUGUAUUGUUUUGUGUAGGUCCCACCAACAAUUACAAAAAAUGAUGCAUUAUACAAUGUCAACUAAAAGUUGAGAUUCUUAUGAUUGUUCCUUUUAGAUUUGUGUCCACUUUUUCUUUCCAUUUGUAUCCCCAAUAUUUUUUGUUUUAUACUAAAAGGUGAGGGUAAAUGUGACAUUUCUCUAUAAAGUAACUUUAUACAAAUCAAUACAUAAACUAGAAUAGAAUCUCAACAACCAAACAAUAUAUUGUCAAAAUGCAUCUAUUGUAUCAAUGCAUGUAUUUAUAUUGUAGUAAUUCAUUACAAUACAACGAAUUCUUCUCCUUGCUGUAUUGUUGUUGCCUUUUGAUGGAAAUGCACGUUCCUAACCAGCUACGAUAUUUUUUCACAAUUCAUCAAUUUUACAGGACCUAUGAUUUACAAGGGAAUCUAUCACCUGUUCUACCAGUACAACCCCAAAGGUGCGGUCUGGGGGAACAUUGUGUGGGCCCACUCGACAUCGACGGAUCUGAUUAACUGGACCCCACAGGGUUACGGGAUCUACCCAUCUCAACUGUCGGAUAUCAACGGCACCUGGUCCGGUUCCACCACGUUUCUCCAGGACGGCACCCCAGCCAUUCUCUACACGGGAAUCAACCCAAAAAACCAACAGGUUCAGAACCUGGCCGUGCCCAAGAACAGGUCGGACCCGUAUCUCAGGGAUUGGGUAAAAAACCCUAAAAACCCGUUGAUGGCACCCACGCCCCAGAACGGCAUCAACGCCUCGUCGUUUCGAGACCCGACCACCGCCUGGAUGGGUCGCGACAAGAUCUGGCGCGUGAUCAUCGGGAGCAAGGUCGACGGCAAGGGGAUGGCCGUUCUGUACACGAGCAAAGAUUUCGUGAACUGGGUUAGGGCGGACCAGCCGCUGCAUUCCACGGACGGGACGGGCAUGUGGGAGUGUCCCGAUUUUUUCCCUGUUCUCAUGGGCGGGUAUAAAAAUGGGCUCGACACGUCCAGGCUCGGCCCCAGAGUGAAGCACGUGCUGAAGGUCAGCCUCGACGACACAAAACACGAUCACUACACGAUCGGAAAUUACGACCCGAUCAAGGACGUCUACACUCCGGAUCACGAUGGACUCGCCGAGAAAGACUUCGGGCUGAGGUACGAUUAUGGAAAGUACUACGCCUCGAAGACGUUCUUCGACCCCUCGAUGAACCGUCGUAUCCUGCUCGGUUGGAUCAACGAAUCAUCCAGCGUUGUCGACGACAUUAAGAAAGGGUGGUCUGGCGUACACACAAUUCCAAGGACGAUAUGGCUGCACAGAUCAGGGAAACAACUUGUACAAUGGCCGGUUAAGGAAAUAGAGAAGCUAAGAGGGAAGCCUGUAGUGGUGCCAACUCGAGUGCUGAAUGGAGGAUCAAAGCUUGAAGUGAAGGGAGUUACAGCUGUACAGGCUGACGUGGAGAUGUACUUUGGGAAGUUUGAUUUGAGCAGAGCUGAAAAGUUGGACCCAAGUUGGACCGACCCACAGUUGAUUUGUAGCCGAAUGGGCUCAUCGGUUAGAGGGAAGUUGGGUCCAUUUGGGUUGCUGGUUUUGGGGUCAAAGGGAUUGGAAGAAUACACAGCCGUUUUCUACAGAAUUUUCAAAGCUAGUGACAGUAAAUAUGUGGUUCUCAUGUGCAGUGACCAAAGCAAGUCUUCGUUGAACAAUGCUAAUGAUAAGACUACUUAUGGGACAUUUUUGGACAUUGAUCCUAUCAAAGAAAUGUUGUCUCUUCGAACUCUGAUUGACCACUCUAUAGUGGAGAGCUUCGGUGGAUUUGGGAAGAGUUGCAUCACAUCAAGAGUAUACCCAACAUUGGCCAUUGAUGGGGCAGCCCAUUUGUAUGCUUUCAACAAUGGAACUCAGCAUGUGAGGAUCGCAAGAUUGACUGCUUGGAGCAUGAAGAAAGCCCACAUUGCUUGAUAUAAAUGAUCAAAAUUUAUGGCGAUUCAUUAGGUUAAGUAAAGAUGAGAUGUUGUAACCCAUUAGGGGGAAGAAAUGAGUUAUAUAGAUUUUGUAACAGGUUGAUACUAUAUCACUGAACAUUCGAUAUAACAUCUAUUUAAUAAAUGUGACAGUUGAGAACACAUGAAUUUUUCAAAGGGAGAUUGAGCUUACUACCAGGGGCGGAGGGAGAGGGCAAAUGGGUGGGUCCCGGGACCCACCCUAGCUCGGGAAAAAAGGACUAAAUUAGGUAUAACAAU